AUGACGGCGCGUGAAGUGGAGAGUCGCCGGUUGGACGCUGAGCGAGCGGCAAGAGACGCCAAGCGCGAAGCAAGGAACACUGAGCGUGAUGCGAGAUUGGACAAGCUUUUCAAAUUGUUUUCAGCGCAGCAAGUUCGAAAUCCGGAAAAGGCUCCAGUUGCAGAGACUUCACCGGUGACAGAGACGGUUCCUCCGUCGUCACCAGCGGUGUACAGGCCUCCUUUCACUCCUCUUGGGGCUGAUAAUCCACGAGCUUCUUUCAAAUCAGUGCUGGAAAAAGGAAAUCGCCGUACUCCUGUCAAUUCUUUGCGCACUGACAAGGAAAACAAUCUACCAGUGGGCAAUUCUGGCCGAAAUAUCUCUCCUCCGGAACUGAUGAUUGCCGGUGGAACUCAGGGAAGCAGUGGCUUAGGUGAGUCGUCUCAUAAUGGUCAUCAGAGUCAAGGAGGUACUGCCCCGAUGUGGUACCAACAACCAAGACUCGAUUUACCCGAGUUCAGGGGUGACAACCCGCAGAGCUGGCUUCAAAAGUGCCGGAAGUACUUUCUGAUGCAUCAGAUUCUAGAGAAUGAGAAGCUGGAAUUGAUUGAAAUCUUCCUGGAUGGCAGGGCUGAGAUAUGGUACCAGGGAAUAAGCAAAUCGGAACUGAACUUAUCUGUUCUGUCUGGUGUUGGUCAUAUUGAUUCUGGUCAGUCUGGUAAUUUGCCUGUGAAUUCUGAUGACAUUGCUGCUGGUAAUGAGAUUGUUAUGUAUUCUGAGAAACUUGGUAAUAAGGGCAAUGGAAACCCGUUGCUGUCAAUUUCUGUUGGUUCGAAUUUUGAUAGUAAAGUAGGUUAUAAACUAGAAAAGAAGAAUAAACCUGUGGAUGGUCAGAGUAUUAAUGGCAGUAUGAAGUCUUAUGGAAACAGAGGUUUUGGCGAUAAGGGAAUAAUAAAAGCUAUGGAGGAAAAAAAAGGUAUGGAUAAAAAGUACGGAUUGCAGCUUAGGGUUAAACCAGCUCAACCGAAGGCUAAACCUCCUCUUCCAAAUCCGGCCGCCUUUCGGGACGAUGAUGACGAUGAAGACAAUGUUGAACGGGACAUCAUCAGGCAAGCUCACAAAAACAAGUCUCUCAGAGACGUUGAGGAGCUGCAGAAGAAGGCGUUAGAGGAGGACCCCUCCGCGUUUGACUAUGAUGGAGUCUAUGAUCAGAUGAAGCAGAAAGCUGCUCGUCCUAUUGCCCAUGAUAAGCAGGAAAGAAAGCCAAAAUACAUAGCAGCACUGAUGGAGAAGGCAAAACAAAGGGAGCGAGAGCAUGAGAUAGUGUAUGAGAGAAAGGUUGCAAAAGAUCUAGCACAGGAUCAGCACCUUCAUCCGAACAAAGAUAAAUUCAUCACAAGUGCCUAUAAAAAGAAACUUGAGGAGCAGAAAAAAUGGCUGGCAGAGGAACGUCUUCGGGAUCUGCUUGAACAGAAAGAGGAUGUUACGAAGAAAAAAGACAUGACUGAUUUUUACUUUGGCCUUCAUAAAAAUGUAGCUUUUGGUGGUGGAGACAAGAAACAGAGUGAAGAAGUCGCAAUAAGCAGUGGACCGGAAAAGGACCCUCCCUCAAGAAAUAGAGAUACAGGGCUUGAUUCAUCAUCUAAGGGAGAUAGAGAUACAGAUCCCACGCCGUUAUCUAAGGUUGCUAAGGAACAGAAUGAGGAUGACAAUGUUCAUACUUCUGCUAUCAAACAGCAACAUAAGGCAGAUUCCAAACCUAUUUCCACCAUUGUUUCCUCAUCCCAAGAAGAUAAUGCUGAAGGCAAAUCUUCCGCAACUGAGCAACCGAACAAUCAUCACAAGAGAAGUCAGGAUGCACUGGCAGAAGCAAAACAACGUUUUCUUGCAAGGAAAAAGGCGAAGAACCCGCAGAUUCUUGAUAUGUGA